AUGGCCGAAUUGAUCCCCAUUUCCACCUACAACUUGGCGCUCAAGCCGUUCGACCCUACUCCCGCCAUUGAUGCCGACUUCCCCGUGACCAUCCAGAUCACCGGCGCCGCCAUCGACCCCGAAGCCGUCGAUGACAAGAACCAGCCCUCGACUCUUAGAAUCCUCAAGAAGUCCGACGCCGACGACAUCGACAGCGACGAAGGCGACUCCGACGAAGAAGACGAAGAAGAUGAAGAGGAAGAAGAAGAAAAGCCCCAAAAGAAGCUGAAGGGUAAGAAGGCCGCUAAGGACGAAGAAGAAGAAGACGAAGACGAAGAAGACGAAGAAGAUGACGAAGAUGAAGACGACGAAGACGACGAAGCCAUCACCGAACACGUCCUCUGCACUUUGCUGCCCAACACCCAGUACCAGUUCCCCCUCACCCUCACCAUUCUGCCCGAUGAAGAGGUGUACUUUGUCGCCACCGGGUCGUACCCGAUCCACUUGCACGGGAACUACAUCCAGCACCCGGCCGACUUGGACGAGGACGACUACCUGGACGACUCCGAGGACGAGUUGGACGGGUUGUACGACGAUGAGGACGACGACGAAUACGACUCCGAGGAAAUGGAAGCUAACCGCAUUGAGGAAUUGGUCGAUGACGAAGCCGAAGAAGAACAAAAGCCUGCCCUGAAGAAGCGGUCUGCUGACGGCGACGCCAAGGACUCGAAGAAGGCCAAGAAGGCGGUGCAAUUCACUAAGGAAUUGGAACAAGGCCCCACCGGCCUGACUUACACCGAGGGUAAGGACGCUAAGAAGGACACCAAGAAGGAAACCAAGAAGGACAAAAAGGAAGCCAAGAAGGAAUCCAAGAAGGACGAAGCCAAGAAGGAAGAAACCGAAUCCAACGGCAAGAAGUUCCCCACCAAGACCCUUUUGGGCGGCGUCAUUACUGAAGACCGUAAGGUCGGUACCGGCAAGGCCGCCAAGCUGGGACAAAAAGUCAGCAUCCGUUACAUCGGUAAGUUGAAAAACGGCAAGGUCUUCGACAAGAACACCCUGGGCAAGCCCUUCUCGUUCACUUUGGGUAAGGGCGAGUGCAUCAAGGGGUUCGACCUCGGUGUUGCCGGCAUGGCCAUCGGUGGUGAGCGUCGGGUGAUCAUCCCCGCCAAGAUGGGCUACGGCUCGCAAGCGUUGCCCGGGAUCCCCGCCAACUCCGAGUUGACCUUUGACAUCAAGUUGGUGUCGCUCAAGUAA